AUGGAUGAAUUUGAUGAAAUUGAUGAUGUUUUAUUGAAUUCAAAUGAAAUUGAAAGUCUAUUUGAAUAUGAUCAUAAUGAAAAUAUUGAAGGAAAUAGCAUAAAUGGUUAUGAAAAUGAGAAUGAAACCAAAAAUAUAAAUAUAAGUCAGUCUAUGCUAAUGUCUCCUGAAAAUAUUUCUGGUAAGACACAUUCUUCUCUGAGAAGAGUUGUUUACAACUGCAGACAAAAUAGUGCUUUAAGGAGUGAGAAUUAUGGCUUGGAAACCCCUAAAAGUAUAAGUUCAAGGAAAGUAAGUAUAAAUAUAGAAAAUAAAGAAACUAGUGGAGAGACUAAGUCUGAAGAAGUACAAGAAAGUAAUUUAUCAGAUAACACCAUAGAAUGUGCAAUAUGUUUAAUGAGCCUUCAAGAUUUAUUGAAUUGCAAAAAUAAAGAGAAUGAACAAGGGAAUACUAAUGGACUAAAUAAAAAUAUAGGUGAUGAUAAUUCUAUCAAUAAUGAAGAAAAGCUUGAAAUUAAUAUGAACUCUGUUGCAAAAAUAGAAGCUGUUGUUGAUAUUCCAAGUAUGGAAAAAAAGGAGGAGUUAUUAAUAGGAGGAUUGAGUGUUUGUAAACACAUCUUUUGUUUUGUAUGUAUUAAACAGUGGUCUGAUGUUGCUACUCAAUGUCCUCUAUGUAAAAGAGACUUUGAUCACAUUAAUGCUUUUAAUGUAAUCCCAGGCGAAUUUUCGAUACCUAUAAUGGUUAUUCCUGUAGAAAUGAAAAAGUUGAAUUGUAAUGAAAUGGACGAUCCAUUUGCAGAUUUUGCAUGUGAGGUUUGCAGAUUAAAUGAUCAUGAAGAGGUGCUUUUACUUUGUGACAGAUGUGAUAGGGGCUACCAUACAUAUUGUUUAGAUCCCCCUUUAGAUAGUGUUCCAAGUGGAGAGUGGUUUUGUCCAAGAUGCAUAAGAGGUAGAAGAAGGAGAGCAAACAAUAGAAGAAAUAAUACAAGUAGGGCCAAUAAUAGCAAUUUGGACGCAGAUUUUAUUAUCGAUGAUGACCAUGAUUUUGUCGUAGAGUUAGGCUCGGAAGUAAAUGUUAGAAAUAGAAUAACUACGAGAUCUUCUAGAACUGGCCGUUCAACUAGAACAUCAGGAGUAACUACAAGAUCUACAACAAACAGCAGAUCUUUAAGAUCAAAUAGAGAAAGAAGAUUAUCCAGUCAUAAUGAUGAACAAAGCUCAACAACUAACAAUAUUUCAGUAAAUACAACUACAAUUCGAGUAGUCUCGAUAGAUAGUGACUCUUCAACAUCAUCCGUAAAUGAUAACACACUUUUAUCGGAAAGAAGAAGCAUGUUAACCUCUAAUAGAAAUAUUAAUCAGAGAAGAGGAAGGUCUAAUUUGAAUGUAAUAUUUGAAGGGGUUGAAACUGUUGAAGAAAACAUUCAAGAUAGAAGCGGAGACAGAAAUGUUUUGGAUUCACAAUCAGAUAGGCCAAAUAGAUCUGGUAGAAACAGAAGAACAAGGCCCGAAAGACGUACUAGGAGUGGAAUCUCCAGAAGAGCCAAUUCAAGGUCUGGAAGGUCAGCUUCAGGAACCAGUAUAUUAGAGAUGCUUGAAGGUGCCAUUCAUAUAUCUUCAGCAUUUUCCUCAGAAUAUGUUGAUUUAACUAGAUAUACAUAUAAUGAAGAAUCCUCUUCUAAUACAGUUUUUGGAGCACCUAGAAGUAGGAGUAGUUCAGAAAUCAUGAGAACAAAUAUUAAUAAUAAUUAUCAAAGGAGAGAGAACAAUAGCAGCUUGAAUGAAAAUUCGAGAAGUAAUCACACCAACAGGCAAAGCAUUCAAACCAGUUUAAAUAUUUCAAAUUAUAGAGUUCCAAAGGAAAGCAAAGUUCAAAGAAAUAAUUCGAAUUCUAAUAUUCAACAGAGUUCAAUGUUUAGUGGUUCCCAGUACAGUAAGUCAUCAGACGAUGAAAAUAGUAUAAUAGAAUUACUUGAGAAUGAAGAACAAAGCUUCCCCAAUAAUUUUGAUAGUUCUACAAUCAAUAUUAACAACUCUAAAAAUGUUAAUUCAAUAAAUGCAAAUAAAGAAUCUGACCUAGUUACCCAGUCUUCCAUCUUAUUUGACUCUGAUGAAAAUCUUUCAAGUUCGAACUUUCCCAAAAGCUCUCAAAAUGUAUCUAAUACUGGAAAACUACAUAUAUAUGGAGAUGCAAAAAAUGCUGUUGAGUCAAUAUCCAAUAAGAUUCCCUAUUCCUCUUCAUCAUCAUCAUCUUCAAGUAAUGUUAAUAGAGCGAAUUCGCACUCUUCUUCUGAUAGUAAAUCGCAAUUGGAGAUUAGAAGUGCUAAUAUUAAUAUCAGCAGCAACAGUAGUGCUAAUAUUAUUGGUAGAAACAAUGAUGGGGAGUCUAAUAAUAAAAACGAAUCAAACAAAAGCAGUGGACCAGUUAUUUCUCUUAGAGCUUAUUACCCUGAAAGGUUCGCAAGUUCAAAACCGAAAUACAUACCCGGAAAUGACUCUUUGAAAUUUAGAGAUGAAAACAAGUUAAUAAAAAGUUUUUCAACUUCUUCUUCUUCUUCUUCCUCCUCCUCCUCAUCCUCUUCUUCUUCUUCCUCUUCAUCAUCAUCAUCUCUUGCAAAUAUAAUUACUUUGGUAAGAAAUCAAAUAGGUACUCCAACUCAAAUUUGUUCCUCCGAAUCUAAUGGAACAAAGAGAAUCCAUAUUUUGGGACAGGAAAAUGAAGGAAAGAAUGAAGAAGAAAGCACAAAGGGAAGAUCUCAAGAGUUUUCACCAAAUAAAAAUCUCAAUCAGAAAAAAGCUAAGAGGCUUUAA